AUGGCUACCCCACCGUCCAGUGAGCUAAUGGAAUCCCUCACACGCAUGUUAGCCGACGCCCUAAAGUCGUCCCUCGGAGCAACUCUGGGACAAGCACCUACCUCUGGAGCAAUGCCUCUUCCAAAGCCACCGUCAUUCUCUGUUCCGGAAUUCCGAUCCUCGGAUGAUACAUCUGUCUCGGAUUAUUUUAUUCGUUUUGAAUGGGCUUUGGAAUUGAGUAAAAUCCCGAUAGCAGAAUACGCACACUAUGCACGAGUGUUCAUGGGUACGGAGCUGAACAGUGCUAUUAAAUUUCUUGUAAGCCCCCGAAACCCAGCAGAAGUCGAGUAUGAUGAACUUCGAACAACCUUAAUCAAUCAUUUCGACCAACCUAAGAACAAGUACGUUGAAAGCAUCAAGUUCCGAGAAAUCGUUCAACAAAAAGAAGAAUCAAUAACCAGCUUUGCCCUCCGACUCAAGCAAGGAGCUGUGCAUUGUGAGUAUGAUACUUUUCUCGAUAGGAUGCUUAUAGAACAACUGCUCAAUGGACUCGAUUCCCGUGAAAUGUGUGAUGAGAUCGUGGCAAAGAAACCCACGACAUUCAAAGAGGCUUUCGAUAUAGCGCAUACGUUAGAAGCCAUUCGAAAUGCUGCUGGCGAGGUUAGAACGGCUAAAUCGUUUCCACUUCCAGAAUCCACGAACAAAUUGGGUUACGAGAAACCGAGCACACGAAAACCUACACAUCAUCCUGGUAGCUCGACAUCUUACCAACACAAGCAGCAAGUAUGGAGAGAACCCACACAUGGCCACAGUGUUUGUAGUGGUUGUGGUGGUGAUCAUGCUCGGAGUCAGUGCAAGUAUCGGAAUGCACCCUGUUAUCGAUGUGGCAAAAAGGGUCACAUAGCCCAAGUCUGCAGAUCUAGUGAUGCGUCAUCCGGAUUCCAAAAUACUGCCCAGGUCCAUUCAGAGGAGCAACCCGCUUCUCAAAUUGAUUUAGUCCAUUCACUAAGCAAAAUACACUCCAUAACCAAGUUCGAGAAGCGAUUCGUUAACGUUAGCAUCAAUGGUCACAAUGUUGAAAUGGAAGUGGAUACCGGAGCUCCAUGCGGAAUUAUUAGUGAAGUGAAACUGCGUAUGAUUAAACCAAAUUCCCCAUUGUUGAACACAGACCGACAGUUUUCCAGCUACACUGGUCACCGUAUCCAGUGUUUGGGCCGUCUUCCAGUUACCGUUGGUAUUGGUUCGACAACUCGUAAACUCGAUGUGUAUGUAGUUUCGGGUGACUAUGACUCCCUUUUUGGACGCGAAUGGAUAUCUCAGUUUUCGUCUGAAAUCAAUUUAAAUGAGUUGUUUGGCACUAAAGAAUCCGUAAAAUCACUGUUGUGCACCACGCCAGUUUUGAAAGAAGACGAAAAACAAUCCCUUGAACAAUUGCUGGAGAAAUUUGACGACGUUUUCAGCGAGAAACCUGGUAUGCUAACAGGCCCUCCUGCAUCUGUACAUCUCAAACCAGGUGCCACCCCGGUGUUCGCAAAAGCUCGUGACGUACCACUAGCUUUGAAGGCUCAAUAUGCUGCAGAAAUCGAUCAAAAACUCGCAUCAGGUAUUUACGAGCGUGUUGAUUACUCGGAAUGGGCCUCCCCAACACAUAUUGUCGUUAAAAAGAAUGGCAAACUACGUAUUACGGGCAACUACAAACCAACAGUGAAUUCCCGUAUGAUCAUCGAUGAACACCCUAUUCCCAAGAUCGAGUCCAUCUUCAAUCAAAUGCGAGGAGCUCGUCUGUUUUGUCAUCUCGACGUAACGGAUGCCUACACACAUCUUCCUAUCGACGAAGACUUUCGACAUGUAUUGACGCUCAACACACCAACUCACGGAUUAGUACGCCCUACGAGAGCUGUCUAUGGCGCAGCUAACAUACCAGCAAUCUGGCAACGGCGGAUGGAGAUAGUUCUUCAAGAUAGCUUCAAAAAUCUGCACAAAGCGCUAGCAGAGGUACUUGAUAGAUUGAAAUCUCACGGACUACGUCUAAAUCGUGCAAAAUGUGUUUUUGCGACACCAGUUCUUGAAUGUUUGGGACACAAAAUCGAUGCAAACGGUUUGCACAAGUCGGAUAAACACAUAGAAGCCAUACGAGAUGCUCCCCUACCAACAAAUACAGAUGAACUACAACUGUUUCUCGGGAAAGCCACAUACUAUAACGCUUUCAUUCCCAAUCUGUCUACCCGUUCAAGUUGUCUGCGUGAAAUGAUUCGAGAAGAUACAUUCAAGUGGAAUUCCGAAAGAAUUUCCGCUUACGAAGACAUCAAAAUGGCACUUACAUCACCACAGGUGCUAAUGCAGUAUGACCCAACACUACCAUUGAUAUUGGCAACAGAUGCGAGUAAAAUCGGGUUGGGAGCUGUUCUCUCUCACCGAUUAGGAGGUGGUUUAGAGCGCCCAAUUGCGUACGCCAGCUGUUCUAUGUCUUCUACGGAACAGCGAUAUCCCCAGAUAGAUAAGGAGGCUCUAGCGAUUGUGUGGGCGGUAAAGAAAUUUUUUCACUACUUGUAUGCUCGACGAUUUACACUUGUAACCGACCAUAAACCACUAACACAAAUUCUUCAUCCAACCAAGUCGCUCCCUACCCUGUGUAUAAGUCGAAUGGCCAAUUACGCGGAUUACUUGGCACACUUCAAUUUCGAUGUGCAAUUCAAACCAACAAAAGAAAAUGUGAACGCAGACUACUGCUCUCGGAUUCCUCGACCAACAACCCGUGAUAUAAACAAACUUUCUCUAGAGGAGGGUAGAAGUAUCGGCGAAGACGAACUUGACUUGUUUGCGCUAAACCAAAUCGAGCAACUACCAGUUCGCGCCGAACAUAUUGGGCGAGAAACACGAAAAGAUUCCUGCCUAGGUAAAAUUGUCCAGCUAUUGGAAUCCGGUAGCGAUCUGACUCGCUUUGGUUACAAAGCACCCGAGGCAAAGUACACUCUCGCAGCAAACUGUUUGUUAUUUGAGCAUCGUGUGGUAGUUCCAUCUGUGCUUCGCCAGUCAGUGUUGAGUGACCUACAUAUAGGCCACAUUGGAAUUGUUAAAAUGAAAGGGUUGGCCCGCUCUUUCAUUUACUGGCCAGGAAUCGACGCAGACAUUGAAGAGGCAGUGAAAAAUUGCUCGGAUUGUGCUCGUCACGCACAUACACCUCCUAAGUUUGCCGACCACCACUGGCAAUACCCUAAAGGCCCGUGGGAAAGGAUACAUAUUGAUUAUGCUGGUCCGGUAGCAGGAGCGAUGCUGUUGGUUAUCGUCGACGCCUACAGUAAAUGGUUGGAAGUGAAAGUCACCACAUCAACAUCAACUGCAGCAACCAUUGGAAUCAUGGAUGAAUUGUUUGCUUGUUAUGGAGCUCCUGUAACCGUAGUGUCCGAUAACGGCUCCCAAUUUACCGCUGCGGAAUUCAAAGAGUUUCUUAAGAAGAGUGGUGUCAAAUUCCAUAAACUAUCUGCUCCGUAUCACCCGGCCACAAAUGGUCAGGCCGAACGUUAUGUGCAGACAACCAAGGAUGCACUUAAAGCUAUGGAUACUACUGCGUCAACACUACGUUCGAACCUCAACAACUUUCUUCAGCGAUAUCGGUUGGCUCCACACGCAACGACAGGAGAGUCGCCUUCCAUCUUGUUCCUAGGGCGAAAACUACGAACGCGUCUAGAUCUUUUGAAACCCGAAAAUGUGCAACAGAAAAUAACGACAAAGCAGCAAAUCGAUUUUGAAGCAAAUUUUCGUGAAUUUAAUCCUGGUCAACUGGUCUAUUUUCUCUCAGGCAACCCGCGUAUGGAUAAGUGGGUUCCUGGAGUCAUUGCAGAACGACUUGGUGACCUGCAUUACUACAUCGACUUCGGUGGGAAACGAUUCAAGCGGCACAUUGAUCAAAUACGUCCAAGGAUUGGUUCUCCAAGAAGCAACGACAUACCGAGGCGGAUACGUUUCUACGAAAAUGACAUGCAGACCCCAAGCAGAUCAACAUCUCCAGGUAUCUCGGACACAUCGCCGCCGUUGCAGACUACGUCUGACAACCCGGUCCAGCAAGAUGCAAGUUCCACUCCUGUCAUCGUGCGUCGCUCGACCCGAGAUCGUCGCCCGCCUCGCAGGUACUCACCGUAG